AUGAUAACCGCAACCAAUGUACGUUUCUUGGCCAAGGAGCCCAUUGUCGGCCUAAAAAUUUUCGAUGGAGAGAAACUUCGGAAGCGGCUUCAAGUCACGUUUUCUUCGGAGGGAAAUUUCAACAUGUUUGCAAACAAAAUAAACCAGUGGCUCGGGCUCAACGUUGUUGCGAGCUAUGAGGCGCCAGACCUGCAACUUGCCAAUUCUCAGCAGGCGACUCUGGGAACGCCCUAUUCUCAAAAAGAAACCUCGUUAUCACAAACAAUACUGGCUCUGAACGAGCAGAUCCCUGACCAAGGAUCGCAGCGUACAGGGUCUCAAUAUGGUGGCUCGCAUAUGUUUGGCUCGCAUAUGUGCGCCUCACAGAAUGCAAUAUCAGAUGUAACAUCAUCACAGAUAGCCCAUUCCCAGGAUAACAUGUCUCAAUUUGCACCCUUUCAGGAAUUAUCCCAGCAGCUGGAUGUCUCACAAUUAAGCCCACUCGGAAAACAUGGUGGCUCUAAGCAUUUUCCUUUCUCACAAAAUAACAAGCUUGAGGAGGCCAGUCACAAUUUAGAUGCUGUUCUGUUGCUUUUAAGUGCUGCAGCUAAAGAAAAUACAUCCAACAUACUUCCACAAUAUGACACCUCAGUGUUGUCGCAGUCCACGCAAAUAUGGAAUGAUAGCAGAGCAAACGUCUUUCAAUAUCCCACAGCAUCAGCUAACAACACUUGUUUUACACAAACAACCAUUGAUCAAGAUUUGACGCAAACAAAUGAGAGUAGUGACUUUAGGCAAGCAGCUCCACGUGGCGGCUUGACGCAAAAUCUCAAAGAAAUUCCGUUCAACCCGAAUGAACGAAAGAAAAACACGUCCCACUCCUCCAGUUCUAAAACCAAACGCGGUAUGACUGAACUUUUAGAGGCUACUAUUGCUAGAAUUCUUGAAGAAAAGAAAGAAAAUUAUGUGGAUUUGAGUGACGAAGAGCUAUCAUUGAAACUAUGCCGGAGAUUUAAAAGCAGGACGUUCUUGAUGCUUUUGAAAAGAGUAGAGAACCUUUUGGAAUGA